CACAAGAUCAUAAACAAAUGUUCAUCUAAAAGAGAGUCAUUUUCCUAGUCAAAAUCCACCCUUUUGUAAGAACUGAAUCAGAUAUCAGUUGAGAGAUCAAAACUUCAGAAAAAAGGUUGAUUUCAUAAGAGUUUGAAAAAGAAAAAAACCAGAGUUUUGCGAGGAAAAUGGAUGGAAAUGGGGAAGAUUUGAUCAGCUACUUACCAGAUGAGAUUCUGAGGCUCAUAAUUUCCCUUCUUCCUUUUGAAUCAGCAGUUCAAACCAGCCUGCUUUCUUCUCGGUGGAGAGCGCUGUGGAACUCGGCUUUGGUGCGCUAUGGAGCCAUUGAAGGGGUGGCUGAUGAAGUUGCUUCUUUUUGCAAUCAGUUCAGUGAGCUUCCUAUAAAGCAUCCGAGAAGACUUCAAUAUCACUUUGGCAGAGAUGAUGUCCUUUUAGCUUCCAUUGCAGCUGAUGAUAAGCUUCACUUGGAUUUCUCUACUGGGAAGUCGGAGUUUCCGUGGCAGUUCGAUUGGGAGCUGAAGUUUAAUAACCAAAAUCUGUCUCCAUCUGCCUUUUUUGUCAAAUAUCUGUGUCUUAAAUCAGUGAGUUAUCUUACAAAUGACGCUGUUUCCUUGCUAGUUUCAAAUAUUCCGUUUCUCGAGAGCCUGAGGAUCACUCAGUGCAACGGAUUCCGAUCACUAUGCAUUGGUUCGAGUCCAAAACUUCAGAGGCUGACUGUCUUGGAUUGUCCAGAUUUGAGACUUGUCCAUAUCAGGUGUUCCAAGCUGAGAUCCUUCCGGUAUCGAGGACAGCUUCCACGGAUGCGUCUUGAAAGUCAUUUUAAUUUGCAGGAUGCGAUGCUUGAUUUCAGACAAGGUCCUGGAUGCAACAAUUUGAAGAUUAGUGACUUUGAUCCAACCCUAUUAACCAUAAAAAAUGCUACUAUUCUUACACUAUGUAAAUCGAAUGAUGAGGCACUGAUCUGGCCUUCUCUGUCUUCUUUACAAGGAAACUUCAUAUUUUAUAAUCUGAAAGAGCUGUGGUGGAUUGAUUAUUCCAAUGAGGGAUACAAUAGCAAUGCCUUGGUCACCUUCCUCCAGAUGUGUCCCACCUUAGAGCGGCUCUUCGUCACGAUUGAUCCUAAAAGCUACUGCACACCAAGCAAUGCAACAUACUCAAAAAAUGUCUUGAGGCAAUCCAAAUCGAAACAUCUAAAGCUUGUAAUUUUGAAGGGAUUUACGGAUCAUAAUGAAGAGAUCUCAUUGAUUAGACAGAUAAAAGAGCUGGUUUCUGUGGAUCCAUUGUUCGUGUCAACAAAUGAACAGAACAGCUUGGAGAGUUUGGUUAAAAUUCCUUCCAAUCACUUGAAAUCAGAGAGUUUUAUCAGCAUCAGAGCAGCACCACAUGAAUCAGAUGUAAGUAACUCUUUCUCUAAGUUAAAAGAUGACGUGGAUCAAACGACACCUAAACAUCCUCACAUGAAUCUUUAGUUACCAAAAUCUUACAGUCAGUUUGCAACAACAAUCAUCAUUAUCCUUGUUUGGCUCUAUUAUUCUGCUGCGCCAAAUUUCGAUUGUUGAGUUCUGUAAAUACAGUCUAUGGAACCUAUAUGAAAGUUUGAAACUAGUUUUUUCUUACAAAUUAAAAUGACAUCUCAGGAUUUCUACCUAGCUCAAUAAUAGUUGUGAAUAAUUGCUUCCUAAACCAAUCCUAUUUGGAACUCUCUUUUGACAUCCAAAGACCUUUUCAAAGUACUCAAGAACUCGAGGGCCAAAAGGAUUGAGUCUGAGCCAUUCAGCUUAACUUGAACAAACUUUAGACGCAACAAAAUUGUAUAGAGAUGUGAACAAAGCGGAAAAGAUUUAUUUAGGUGAAACUGCUAGAGGUUCAUGUUCAGAUUGAAUUUCAAUCUAUGGAAAAGAAAGCAAGUAAUAAAUUAAUAUUGAGAAGGCCAGACCCAUCAGGUUUGCCAACUUAGAUCAAUGAU